UUGCGAAAAGAAAUAGGAUUUUCACAACUACAAACGUUUAAACGUUAUAAAAUCAACCAAUUUGUGUUGUUGUUUGUAAACAAGAAAAGUUACUAUUUACAGUGAGCGCUAAAUUCGGAUCUGUGCGUCACGAUUACUUUUUGCAGGCGUACGCUAUUGCCCCGGCCGUAACACACACACACAAACUCGCACUCAUGCUCUCAGACACACACACGUAUACAUACAUACGUGCAUAUGCCUGUGUGUAGACAAUUUUGUUGCGUGGUGCCGGGUUACAUAUUUAUUGAAUUUUUGAUUGCAAACGUGCGUGUAUGCAGAUUGUAGAGUGGUAAAUAAACAAAUGUGCAUGAAAUUGCUUCGCUGAAAUUGGCGGCAGUUUCCUUCCCCACGAUCUCCCAAAGAAUACUGCACCCAGCUCGUGUCAUCGUCAAAGCAGCACCAAAGCUGCACGGCUUUCAGCAAAAUGAUGUUCACGGGCACAAACCAGCAGCAGGACACGCGCUUCAGUGACAAAGAGAAAAAGCUGAUGAAGCAAAUGAAAUUCGGCGAUUGUCUGAACAGGCGCGUGGAUAUGUCCAAAGUGAAGUUGGAUGUGCUACGGCCAUGGAUCAGUAAGAAAAUAACGGACAUUUUACACAUCGAGGACGAUGUGGUGGUGGAAUUUGUGUAUAAUCAGCUGGAGGAAGAGAAGUAUCCUUGUCCCAAGAAAAUGCAAAUAAACAUGACAGGCUUUUUGAACGGUCGCAAUGCGCGCCAAUUUAUGGGAGAGCUGUGGACGCUCCUGCUAUCGGCGCAAGAGAGCGACAGCGGCAUUCCAGCCGAGUUCAUACAGCAAAAGAAAGACGAGAUACUCAAGCGUGAGGAAGAGCAGCAGCAACGUCAGCGCGAUCGUUCGCGCUCUCGUGACGAACAUCGGCGAGAGCGUCGAGACCGCUCCAAUGACAAGCGUCCGUCGCACGAGACCGCUGUCAAGUCGCGUUCUCGAUCGCGUUCUGGCUCUAAAGCAAAUAAUGGCGCCGUCAGUGCCGCCAUAAAUAGCGCUGCUCGCGAGGCAGCCGCCAAUGCAGCGGCGCGUAUACGCAAGCGUCGAUCACCCUCUGCAUCCGCUCGACCUACUUCCAGGGAGCGUAGCAUACAGCGGCCGGAGCAACGACGCAGUGACCGAUCUACUCGACGUCGUUCCUCACGCUCGCGUUCCCGCUCGGUUAACAAGAGGGAAAAAUCUACUUCCCCGGGCAAAGAGCGAAAGCGCUCCACAUCUAAAGGUUCUGCAAAUGCGGCAAGUGCCGUCAAUGGCCGCCAUUCGCUGGGUAAGUCGCCGGCUCAGUCAAAGGCAAAGUCGCGCUCGCGUUCACGCAGUCGUUCCGAACCGAAAAAACAGCAUCGUGCAUCCAACUCAUCGCGCAGUCGCUCUAGAUCCACCAGUCGCAAAGGCUCACCAGUACGUUCCCGUUCCAAAUCCUCAUCGUCUGGUCACAAUCGGAGACGUCGCUCCAGCAGUAUAUCGAUCUCUCCGGAGCGUCGUCAGGACAACUUCGAGCUACGACGAAAUAAAAAUAGCGUGCAGAACAAGCGACAAUAUCGGAACAAUCGCGGAGACUCAGCCAGCUCAAUGGAGCGUGCUGGUGAUGGCAGAGGUCGCCAGUUUGGCGGUGGAGGGGGAGGUCGACGUCCACCUCUUCAUGGCAGACGCUUUUCACCGCGUGGACGCAGCCCAGGUGGUCGACAAGAUAAUGGCGGUCGCUUUCAGCGUUCUAAUUCACGCCGUCGUUCGCGGUCCCGUAUGUUAUCGCGUUCGCCUAUGCGGUACUCCCGCUCGCCCAGGCGGUACAAUCGACGUCGUUCGCCCAUAGGUAUGCACUUUAGAGGCGGUGGACGUGGAGGAGGUGGACGCGGCGGUGGCAAUCGCAACAUGUGGCGCGGAAACAGUCCAAAUCAGCGUGGACGUAUUCCCUGGCAAUCGCGUCGUAGUCCCAGUGGAGGACGGGGCGGUGGCGGUCGGUUCGAUCGUCGGCCCUCGCCCCAACAGCGUCGAUUCUCACGAGAUCGUCGCUCACCUGCGCCACAAGGUAGUGGCAACCAGUUCCGCAAAUUCUCUCCGCCAUCGGGUCAGGGACGUCGUUUCUCGCCUCCUCGCCGCUCACGUGAGAGACGUGUUAGCUCUCGUGAACGCCACGCUUCUUCGCCUAUGCGCGACAAUUUCAAUCGCUGGGAUACUCAACCUGAGCGAAACAACAGGAAUCAGCGGCCAGUUGGACGUUCAAGCUCAGAAAGCUCGCAGGGUGUACAUCGUCGCCGCAGCUCCUCCAGUCCGGCUGCAAGACGUGAGCGCAGUCGCAGCCGCUCGGAGCGCAACUUCAAGCGUGGUCCCCCGAGUCCGCGCCGUCAUGGCAGCGUUCCUGAGCGCUCAUCCGUAGAGUUUAGCGGCCCCUCUGUAAACACCAUCGAUCUCUGCCGCGAGGAAACUGUAGUAUUGCAACUACCCAAGUCCCAGUCCCAAGCAGUUAUUAUAGAGUCGUCGAAGCAGACGCGCAAUAGUGUUUCCAGCCUAUCCCGCACACCUUCUCCGUUCCUUAAGUCGCACGAGCGUGUCGCAGCGGCGGAAGCUGCGGCACAAAAGAAGUCACGUGCGCAGAGCCACGACAGUCAGAGCAGCAGUUCUGAAAGCUCAGCGGACAGCGACGAUAGCGAUGAUGAGGAGCAGCAGCGACAACGCCGAUUAAAACUGGCCUUGCAAUCUGCCAAAAACGCGGGCAAGAAGAAUGCGUCGGCUCCAGAGCCCAAGGCCAAGAACAGACGCACUUCUGACAGUUCAUCGAGUAGCGAGGAUAGCGAGGACGACGAUGAUGAGGAUGAUGAAAGCAGCGAUGAGAGACACAAGAAGAAGAAGCAGGCUGCAGCCCGCCAGGUAACAGAAAAAAGACGUGCACCGUCGCCCAAAGAGCAGGCUGUAGCCAAAGGGGCGGAUAAAGAGAAACGUCGGCAGGAUAAAAAGGUGAAGCGUGUCACUUCAAGUGCGGAGGAUGCUUCUCCAGUGACCGAUAAGCGUGUGGAGAGCCGAAAGCGUAGCCACAAAAAGUCGAGGCGUGAAGUAGCCAACGAGUCCGAUUCCGAUGACGGUCGUGUGCCGAAGAAGAAACGUAAGAAAUCCAAGAAGGCUGUGUCAGGCAGUUCGGAAAGUGAUUCGGCAUCGGAUGCGGAAGAGUCCGCCAAGAAGAAGCGACACAAGAAACACAAAAAGCAUAGCAAGAAAAGCAAAAAGCACAAGAAACACAAGCGAAAGAGUGGAAGCAAGCGGGUGGCGGUCGAAACCAGCUCCAGCAGUGAUGAGGAAGAAACCGCAGUGGUACCCAAACGCAAUGGCAAGGUCUCUGCUCUGUUGCUCGCCGGCGGCGCAGUCAUCAAUGAGGAUCUGGAGAAACAGCUACGUGAACGUGCACUCAAAUCAAUGAAGAAGGUGGAUUAGAAGAACUGACUUACGGACUCCAAUGGAAGGAAUUUUCACAACAUACAGACACUCAUACACUCCUACACAUACAACAUGCACACGCGACUAUAUACAUAGCUAAAAUAGCAAGAUCAACAGCAACAACAACAAUAAUAAUAAUACAGACAGACGUACGUAGCCAUUUAUCUAUCAUUCAUAACAUACAUUUAUGCAUACAUGUAUUUCUAAACAUAAUUUUAUACGAUUUAAGUGUAAUUGCGCGUGAAAACUAUUAUAGAAUGAAAAAUAAUAACUAGCAACUUUUCUUGCAUACAGUUGUGCGUGCAUAAUUUAAUGUAAUUUGUAUUAUGUACAAAAUCAUGAACCCAACCCAAAAAGAAAACACGAUAUGCCCGAAAUUAUUAUAUUCAAAACAAACAAAAAACACGUCGCAUAUUCGCAGUUUUCGACAUGUUUAUUUAGAAUACCACGUAUAUUAUAUAAGUAGGUUUUACAACACAUAAUUAAUAAUAUCAAAGAAAAAUAAAA